CACACAUCACAAAGAGCACACAACACAGCGAGCAAGCAACAGUACGUGUUCCCACUAGCUUAGGUAGUACUACGCGCACGAAGAACCCUAGUUCGACAGAUCAGGUUUAGCUACCCGGCCGAAAUGGACAUGGGCUUCCACGGCGCGGCGAACGGCACUGCUUCGGCGGCCGCGGGGAACGGUGGCGGCGGCGCGCAGGCGCCGCCGGUGCGCGAGCAGGACAGGCUGAUGCCGAUCGCGAACGUGAUCCGCAUCAUGCGCCGCGUGCUGCCGCCGCACGCCAAGAUCUCGGACGACGCCAAGGAGACGAUCCAGGAGUGCGUGUCGGAGUACAUCAGCUUCAUCACGGGGGAGGCCAAUGAGCGGUGCCAGCGCGAGCAGCGCAAGACCAUCACCGCCGAGGACGUGCUCUGGGCCAUGAGCCGCCUCGGCUUCGACGACUACGUCGAGCCCCUCAGCAUCUACCUCCACCGCUUCCGCGAGUUCGAGGGCGAGGCACGGGGCGCCGGCGUCGGCCACCAUCACCACGGGAUGCCGCCCAUGAUGCUCAAGCCCCGCGGGGCGCCGGGGCCCAUGGUGCCGCACGGCGACAUGCAGAUGCACGCCGCCGGCAUGUACGGCGGGGGCGCCAUGCCGCAUCCGCACCAUCCGUUCCACAUGCCGCCGCACCACGGCCAGUACCCGCAGUACGAGAUGUAUGGUGGAGAGCAUGGGAUGGCCGCGUACUACGGAGGGGCAUACGCGCCAGGAAAUAGUGGCGACGGGGGAGGCAGCAGCGGCAAUGGCCAUGGCGGUGAAAGCACGCCGCCGGCCGCCAACUUCGAGAACCACCAGACCUUCGGGUACAAGUAGCAACCAGGCCCUGCAUUUGCAUGCACCGAAGGGACGCGUGCAGUAGCUAGCUAGCUAGUGCAUAUCCGGCGGCUGAUGCAGCCUGUUGAAACUACCUUAGGCGCAUCUAGCUACCUUUAUCCAAUUUGCAUUUGCCACGUCUGCAUGGCGAGCAUCUAGUUUUACUCUUCGUCUAGUAUCUUUCUAAGCUGAAGUGCAGUGUCGAUUAGCAAUCUAGUAGUGCAGUGUGCGUCUUCUAAAUUUAACUGUGAUGUAAUCAUCGAGAUGGAGCACCAUCGAUCGAUGUCCUCAUCUUAAUUAGUUAUGUAAUCGAAGGGAUCAAACCGUCUUGCAAAUUCAAA